GUCCCUGCGGCCCGGCUGAGGCUCCCCUCGGCCUCUCCGGCCGGGCCCCACGUUAUGUCGUGAUCCCGGGCGGGCGGCGCUGCUGCUGCUGCUCAUGGGGCUGCUCAGGAUUAUGCUGCCGCCCAAGUUGCAGCUGCUGGCGGUGCUGACGUUCGGGGUGGCCGUGCUCUUCCUGGAGAACCAGAUCCAGAAGCUGGAGGAGUCCCGCGGCAAGCUCGAAAGAGCUAUUGCAAGACAUGAAGUCAGAGAAAUAGAACAACGUCAUACAAUAGAUGGUCCUCGACAAGAUGCAACUGUGGAUGAAGAUGAUGAUGUGGUGAUCAUUUACAACAGAGUACCUAAAACUGCAAGCACAUCCUUCACAAAUAUUGCCUAUGACCUUUGUGCAAAGAACAAAUAUCAUGUUCUGCAUAUCAAUACAACCAAAAAUAAUCCUGUUAUGUCACUGCAAGAUCAGGUGCGAUUUGUGAAGAAUGUAACUUCCUGGAAGGAAAUGAAACCAGGAUUUUAUCAUGGACAUAUAUCUUACUUGGAUUUUGCAAAAUUUGGUGUUAAAAAGAAACCAAUUUACAUUAAUGUCAUAAGAGAUCCUAUAGAACGACUAGUUUCUUAUUAUUACUUUUUGCGGUUUGGAGAUGAUUACAGACCAGGGCUACGAAGGCGAAAACAGGGGGAUAAAAAGACCUUUGAUGAAUGUGUAGCAGCUGGAGGCUCAGACUGUGCUCCAGAGAAACUUUGGCUUCAAAUUCCAUUCUUCUGUGGCCACAGCUCAGAAUGCUGGAAUGUGGGGAGCAGAUGGGCUUUGGAACAAGCCAAGUACAACCUGAUUAAUGAAUUCUUCCUAGUGGGAGUCACUGAAGAGCUUGAAGACUUUAUUAUGUUAUUGGAGGCAACUUUGCCCCGAUUCUUUAGGGGUGCUACAGAACUGUACCGGACAGGAAAAAAGUCUCAUCUUAGGAAAACAACAGAGAAAAAGCUCCCAACAAAAGAAACCAUUGCCAAGCUGCAGCAGUCGGAAAUUUGGAAAAUGGAGAAUGAGUUCUAUGAAUUUGCACUGGAGCAAUUUCAGUUUGUCAGAGCACAUGCAGUUCGGGAAAAAGAUGGAGAAUUGUAUAUUCUGACGCAAAACUUUUUCUAUGAAAAGAUUUACCCUAAGUCGAACUAAGAACAAGGUAUACUGUUAGAUUAAUGGACUAAACCUUUGGUCACUUUGUCAUCUUAGUUCUCAGCCCUGGAAAAUAGUGUGCUGGUAGACCUCUGAGGUAUUUCUCUCUAGAGCUGAGGAAAGUGGGCUGUGGAUCACACCAAAGGUGUUGGAUACUUGACUUAAGCUUCAGUUCUUUUAUCUAACUAAUAGUUUCAGUGGGAGUUACUACCCUUUCCCUGAAGAAACCUACAUUUUCCUUUACAGAUAUUAACUGCACAGAGGUUUUGGUUGAAAAUAUAAACAAAAAAUGCUUCUGUUUAUGCUGUUGUUGAUUCUCAGAGCAAUUUAUUUUCAUUUAAACUUCUGUAAACAAGAAAUCAACUGUUUUCCCAGCUUCUACAUGGAGAUUUUGGUUGUAUACAAUUAUGAAUAGUGUUAAUAACUGGUUGACAUCUGUGCUUUGUUUUUGUGAGUCACGUUACAUGAUAUUCAUUGGAAUGGUCAAUCAUGUUCUGCUAAGAAAUGCUGCUGCUGGAUUUGCCCAUAUAUAAAUGUGGUUUUAUUAAAAAGAAAAGUUAUAACUAAUCAUUAGUGUUUUUAAAAAAUAAUUUCCAUAUUAAUAUUGUAAAAAGAGAAUCGAGGCAGUAUUUCCUUUUCCUUCCUCACCCCAACUGCCAACUGAAGUUGGGAAAAUUCUGCAAAGAAAGUUGGCAUUGCCUGCAGUUCUAGUUAAUGCUUAUACAUCAAUAUAAAAAAACCCUAGUAAAUUCAGUAUCAAGUUGCUCCAUGGAUUCUUCAUAAUGACUGUAAACUGAGAUAUUGGUGAAUCCAUAUUAUGACUCCAUUAGUGAGCUGUGGUAUGGUUUGGGUUUUCCUACUUCUUCUAUACUUUUACCUGUAGAAUAUUUUUACUAAGGUGCUUUAUAAUGUGUUUUAAAGCAUUGCAUUUACAAAAGGAGUAAAAUGCUGUAAAUACUGCAUAUUUUAUGUAUUUGGACCAAAAGGUUACAAGUAAUUAGCUGAAAGUGGUUUUUGCACCAGUUUUGUUACAUGUGAAGUAAAAACCAUCUCAUCUGCUGUUCUGCUUCCUAUUUUAGUUAACUGUUGGACAUCACUGAAAUGCACUUCAAUGACCUCUACAACUUUACUAACACAGCACAUUGUCCAGAAGUUCUCUUUACCUAAAAUUAGUCUGUAUCUUUUUAUAACAUUUGAAAGAGGAAAAAGAAAAUCAAAUGUGUGGUUGAGACACGGUGAACUUGACAUAAAUGUGUUUAUGUAACCGCCUUACAUCACUAUUGUAAACUUGUAUGAUUUGCCAUUAUUAGCAGCUUGAAACACCUGGUAGAUUAAGUGUAGUUGAGAUUAGUGAACAGAUGUUUGGAUACUGGGGACACUGUGUUUUAACAAACUGCAGUGAAUACCUACAUGUAACUUUUUUAAAAAUCACAGUAAUUACCCCUUUUUUCACCUUCAGUUUAUAAAAAUUAGUUUCCCUGGGUUUGAUUGGGGUGGGGGGAAGGAGAUAAUGUGACGUAUCUGAAUCCCU